AAGAGCCAAUUGACGAUGGGGUUGUUUGCAAAGGAUACUAGUGGACAUAUGGAUGCAAGCGAUGCAGCAGCUGGAGAUAAUGCUGGUUUAGUGAAAAGGCAGGGAUACACUGCACGGAGUAGAAUUGUUGAGCUUUCAGGAAGAUUACACUGUGAUAUAUUCAAUCAAGGUCGCCUGUUGCUCAAUGGUCUAUCUCUUAAAAUUACACUACAUAGAAAUAAGGAUGCUUUUUGUUUAAUGACUAAUGGAGAUAAUCCUGAUUUCAAAGUAAAAUUUGUGGAUGUGUCCCUUCGAUUACGAAAAUUACAACUCACUCCCAAGAAAUUUGAAAUGAUACAAACUAGUUUGGAGCGAACUCCAGCCUGCUAUCCAAUCAAUCGAGUACAAAUUAAAACGCACUCUUUGGCUGCUGGUUUAACAAGUUUGAAUUGGGACAAUGCUAUUCUCGGAAAACUACCCAAUCGUUUAUUCAUCGCAUUCACAGACAAUGAUGCUCAUACAGGUUCCUACGUGAAAAACCCUUUUAACUUCAAACAUUUCAAUGUUACAUCCAUUGGUGUUUAUGUCAAUGGGGAGUCACUACCAGCUAAUCCUAUGAAGUUAAAUUUCCCUGGCGGACAUUAUUUACAAGGCUAUCGAAGCCUUUUCACUGCAACUGGUAAAAUAAAUAGAGACGAAGGUUUGGACAUUAAUCGAGAAGAAUAUUCAGAUGGUUAUAGUUUAUUUGGCUUCGACCUGUCACCUUCUCUUUGUAACGGAGAACACUACGAACCUCAAAGACAAGGAAGUAUUCGAAUCGCAUUAGAGUUUGGAACUGCCCUACCUAAUACGAUUACAGUUUUCAUGUAUGCAGAUUUCGAAAACACAAUCCAUGUGAAUAAGGCGAGAAAUAUCUUGAAGGAUUUUUAAACUGUGAAAC